UUAAUUAAGAUUUUUUUUUUCAAAGUUUAUGGUAAUGAUAUAGGUAAUUUUAGUUUUGGGCCAGAUAAUCCAAGAACAUGUUUCUGAAUAUGAAAACUCAUCAAUUCCAAUCUCCAUAUCUUUCAAUUUCUUCAUUACUCAACUGAACUUGAUCAACCAAAACCGCACUCUCAUCAGGUAGUCAAUAGAGGCGCUACCGCGGCCGCGCGGAGCCUGUCGGCGGAAGCGAAACUGCUAGCGAAGAGAAUUAGUGUUCCGGCACUCAAGAGGGGUUUCAUGGGUCGCUUUUUGGAUCGCUAUUGUUUUUUGCUUGAAAAACCAAAAUUAGCCCUUAAAAAAAAACAUUUUCCGGGCAGUUUGGUAUUUUUCUCUGAAUUUGAGUGUUAUUUGUUUAACCCUAGAUGUUUGCUGCGUGCGGCAGUCGUUCUUUUCGAUCAAAACACAAGCUUCUUUGUCAAAUUUCAUCAUCUUCCCUGUGGUUCUUCAUUCUUUAUCGUUUCUUUUUCCUUGUUUCUUUUCCUUCAAUUUUUUUGCUUCUUUCUUUUCUUGUUUUACCCUGAUUUGUUUCUUUCUUUCCUUUUCCUCUUUUCUUAUUUUCUUGCCUUCUUUUUUACUCUGAUUUUCUUAAACUCUAUUUUGUCUUUUGUUAUUUGUUAAUCUUAUUCCUCUCUUUUACUUUGUUUUUUUUCCCUCUGAUUUAUAUAAUAUUUCAUAUGAAAUAUAUGUAUAAAAUGUUAUUCAUGUAAUUUUUCCAAAAAAAUAUAAAAUAUCUGUCAACCUGCUAUAUGCUAUCCCAUUAUCCCACUUUAAGAUUUAGCCGCACUGCGCUGCUCUCCGAGAUUGACUAGGUAGCUCGCUAUAAUGUUUUUUUUAGACUAGCAUCCUUUUAUCUUGCGUAUGAAUUUGUUAGUGAAAUUUAUUAAAGAACUGUUUGUUAGUGAAAUUUAUUAAAGAACUGUUUGAUAGUGAAAUUCUUUCAAGAGUUAACUGUCACGAACAUAUACCACAACAGAAACCUACAUUGAGAAUUAAAAUUAAUAUACUAACCUUCUAAAUAGAAAGUUAUGGUAAUGAUAAUGUCCAUCACAAAAAGAAUACUAAGGCUAAGAUAAAUUAUUUAUAAUACAUUAAUUAUAAUAUAAUCCUUACUUAAAUAAUCAUAAGAUAAGAAGAUGAAUCAUGUCUUUUAUAACAACUAGUUUAUCCUAUUCCUAUGAUAUCGAGCUUUACAAAAAGAGUUGAUAAAAAACAUUGUUUUACUAUUUGUGCUCAAAAGUGAUAGAUCUAAUCUAGUUAGGGAUGAUCAAAAUCUAUCUUGCCAAGAGCAGGUGUUGGCUAAUGCUCUUGGUGUGUGUCCAAGGCGUGCACGUAUAAUAAGUGUUCAAAUAAAAAAAAGGUUUUAGUUGGACAUCACUAAGAAUUGUCUGACACAUGUUCAUUGUAAAUCUCUUUUUCAUUGUGUUGAUAACUGAGCAGGAAUUCAUCUUUUUCCCAUACCGAGAUCAUUUACACACUGAUAAUACAUUGCGAGUCUGUUUAUUCAGUCGGGAACAAUUUAGUGUAAGCAGGAAUCACGUCUAAGCCUGUCAAGCAAAAUGUUUUGGCACUAGCUACUCAUAAAAUGUUGGAGUGCAGCUCUUAUGACGUCUAGGUUUGAACGCAGUGCUACAUAGUGACAACAUGUCUAUUACAUGUUUGCUUAACUUACUUCUGUCUCUGUAUUAUUGUUAUUGUAUGUAUAAGUUCAUUUUAAGAGUUAUAGUUUGUUUGAUUCAGUAGUACUUAGUUACAUACAAAGAACGCUUUGUGAUGGAAUCAUGCUGUGAAUCAAUUAUCCUUAUGGACAUGUUUUGCAAUUCUAUUGUGUUCAGUUUUUAUUUAAAAACUUUACCUUAGCCAAAUAGGUUUCUAGUAUAAUCUGCUUAGAUAGACUGAUUUAGUUUCAGGUGUUCAGUGUCUCAGUAUCAGUUUUUGGUGUUUUUCAAAAUUACUCUCUGAUGUUGCUUUUCCAGAAAAGUUCUUCUAAUGCCUGCAAUAACGGCCGAUCUCUUCUGUAUUACAAAUAAUUUGUGCAACAAUCCCUUUUUCAUUUUCAGAUCAUGUAAAUUAAUUUUCCUUUACUGUGAAUGUAAGCUCUGAAAAAUCUCUCAAAUACUGGACAGAUAAUUGGAUCUGCUGCAAAAGCUGUGUUUUUUGGUUUUCAUAUUUACGAAUCUUAGUUACUCGCAACUUUAAUCCAUUUGUUUUGAAAAUUUCAUAUUAUUUUACUUGAGUAAAGUGUCUUGAGUGAUGAGCUUGCACGAAAAACUUUUAUGAUUUAAAGCGCAAUUCUUCUAUAGGACUGAUUUUGAUUCGAAUUUAUGUUGAACUAUACCCUUCAUUAAUGCAAGUUUGGUAUUUUACUUUUUACAAGUUAACAGUGGUUAAGAUUCUUUGUUCUUUAGAAGCUUAAACCGUACGCGCAACUAUAUGUAUAAAUCAAAUGCUUUACAAGUGAGCAAAGGAUGAUACCAAACCUUCAAGCCAAUUAUAAUCAAAAGAGGUAAAAUUCUCUGUAAGAUUCUCAAGAAAAACUCUGUACCCUUUUCCAACAACAUUAAAUUGAAACUAUAUAUGUAGUCUCUCAAAUUUUAAUGUCAUUUCUUUAUUGUUACUAUCACUACUAUUGUACACAAUGGUUGCAUUCAAGAGAAAACCUGUAAUGGGUUCUGGUGGUCACACCAACCCAUUAGUUUGGUUAGCAGCUAUAAUCUGUACAAUUUUCGCUAUAGCUAUGAUUGUUGCUGGCAUUAUGAUGUUCAUUGGUUACAUAAUGGUCCAUCCAAGAGUACCUAUAAUCAGUGUCACCAGUGCUCAUUUAGAUCUUCUAAGAAAUGAUUAUGCCGGUCUACUUCAAACUCAGUUAAGCAUUGUUGUGACUGCUUACAAUGGAAAUGCAAAAGCUCAUGCAAAAUUUUCUAAGAUGACAUUUAGUCUUAGUUUUCAAGGUCGAGUAAUUGCGGUGCUUGUUGCUGAUUCAUUUGAUGUGCCGAAAAACAGUUCAAAUGUUCUUCGGUAUGUUGUUCAAUCAUCGUCGAUACCGUUGACGCCUGAUCAAAUGGAGAAAGUUGACGAGUCUUGGAAAAGAAAUGAGAUUGGUUUUGAUUUUAAAGGUGCUGGUAGAACUAGGUGGAAGGUAGGGCCUUUUGGUUCUGUUAAAUAUUCUUGUCAUUUGAAUUGUUACCUUAAGUUUCGUCCAUUGAAUGGUAGUUAUAUACCUUCCAAGUGUUCAUCCAAAUCAAAAUGAUUUUUUAGUAAGAUAUUUUUACCUCAUCUUCUUUCUUCAGUAGAUUAUAUUCAGGUUAUAUACAGAUAUAGAUCUAGAUUUUUAGGUAGUAAAGUUACACAGGUUCUUAUACAUUCAUUAUGAAAGCAAAUAACUUUAAAGAACAAAAUAGGGUUAAUGAUGUAUCAAAUUGUGGUAUAGAACAUCUUGUUAUACUAAUAUGGGUUGCUAUUCUGACACACCUUGUGCAUGUUUGCUUUGGUUUUAUAAAUUAAUAAUCACUUUUUUAAGGAAGUUUUUUUGAAACUCUUAAUCCUUUUAAGAAGAGACACAACAUCAUGAAUGGGGGUUGAGAUUGAUUCCUACUCAAGAAGUGUGAUUAUUGUACAAUUGAAAGAACUACAUAAGACUAAUUAACAUGAUAUAUUUAAGACCAAACUUUAGAAAACGUUGUGAAAACAUGCAAGCAUUUAAGAGAUUGCAGAGAAAACAUGAAAGAAUUUUUAAAGAAUUUUCAAUCGUUUUCUUUCUUUACUCAUUUAAAUUACAUUCAGUUUAAAGUAUU